UUGAAAUCGAGUAUUGAAUAGAAGUCAUUGCAGUAGGUAAUGUACUUUGAAUCAUUCUGUAGUGGUCUAGGUCAAGGGUAACUUCCGCUGUUGAUAUUAUGGUGUCAAUAAAAUAGUUUUAAAAACAUGAUGAAGUUUUUUAUAGUUUUGGCUUUAGUGAGUUUCAUGAAUGGAUGUACAGGUGAUAAUUUUGAGUCUACCUUAGGUCACCUAACAAGAAACAGUCGACGUAACAGCGAAAAACAAACGAAAGCGGUUACAGAUCUCAUAGAGAGAAUUCUUCCACAGCAUGCUAAAUAUUUCAGAGUGGUGGUGAAUUCGAGUCAAGCGGAAAAUGAAAAGGAGUUUUUCAGGCUAAAAUCUGACAACGGCACCAUCAACAUAUACGCUACAACUGGUGUAGCUGCAGCUUCUGGUUUCAACCACUACCUUAAAUAUUUCUGUAAUUGUCAUAUAAGUUGGCGAACGUCACAAUUGAAUCUGCCGAAGACUUUGCCAUCUGUUGAUAUUGAGAUAAAAUUCAAUGAUAGGUUCAGAUACUACCAGAACGUUUGCACGACUAGCUACAGUUUUGUUUGGUGGAACUGGAAAAAAUGGGAAGAACAUAUCGAUUGGAUGGUUAUGAAUUCUUUCAAUUUGGUAUUGGCUUUCAACGGUCAAGAAGCCAUAUGGACAAAAGUCUACCAAGAGUUUGGAUUGAGCCAAGACGAUAUUGAUGAGUUUUUCACGGGACCUGCAUUUCUAUCUUGGCUGAGAAUGGGAAAUGUUAGAAAAUGGGGUGGACCACUAUCCAAAUCAUGGCAUGAAAGAAGCUUAACUUUACAAAAACAGAUCGUUACACGCUUGAGAAGUUUUGGUGUUGUCACUGUCUUACCAGCUUUUGCUGGACAUUUGCCAAGAGCCUUUAAAAGGUUAUACCCGAAAGCCAAUAUGGUGAAACUUGGAUCAUGGAAUGGCUUCAACGACACCUACUGCUGUCCAUACUUCCUAGAUCCAACUGAAGAGCUCUUCCAGCAGAUCGGUAAAAGCUUCAUACAGAAGCAAGUGGCAGAGUAUGGAACGGACAACAUCUACAGCUGUGACAGUUUCAACGAAAACACACCUCCUUCUACAGACCUCCACUAUUUGGCCAAUGUGAGCAGUUCAAUAUAUAGGGCGAUGACCAGUGCAGAUCCUAAGGCUGUUUGGCUGAUGCAGAACUGGCUGUUUGUCCACGAUGCGCCAUACUGGACCAAAGAUAGGGCUAAAGCCUUGCUCACGUCUGUACCCAAGGGAAAAAUGAUAGUUCUGGACCUCCAAUCUGAGCAGUUCCCUCAAUACGCCUCACUAGAUCAAUAUUUUGGACAACCCUACAUCUGGUGCAUGCUUCAUAACUUCGGAGGAACUCUGGGCAUUUUUGGAAACUCUGAUAUAAUAAAUGAGAGACCCAUCGAAGCCAGAACGGCAGCGAACAGCACCAUGAUAGGAACAGGAUUGACCAUGGAAGGCAUAAAUCAGAACUACGUUGUCUAUGAACUGAUGACAGAAGCUGCUUGGAGGAAGGAACCCGCAAAUCUAACGAAAUGGUUUGGAGACUACUCAACCAGGAGAUAUGGCUACAGAGUAGACAGUGUUGUCAAAUCCUGGCAGUAUUUUCAGAAAACUAUUUACAACCUGAAGUCCUUGAGACGUAUGAGGGGACAAUAUACCUUAACUAGGACACCUAGUUGGUCUAUCAAACCUUGGGCAUGGUAUGACACCAAGGAGUACAUGUUAACCAUAGGUGACUUCCUAGAUGGCCACUACGUUAUGCCAAACAUCAACUAUGCCUUCUGUCACGAUUCUAUAGAUUUACUUCGACAAGCACAUCAAAUAAUGUUUGACGUGGUCUACAAUCAAAUGAAAACCAGCUUUAAGAAGAAGGAUUUGACUUUGUUUGAGAUACAAACGAAUUCGUCCUUGUUCCUGCUGAUCAACGUCAACAACUUUCUGAAGUUAGAUACAGCUUUCAGCUUGGAUGAGUGGGUUAAAUCUGCUAGAGAUGCUGGAGAUACACCUGAAGAGAAAGAUUGGUUUGAGUAUAAUGCGAGGAAUCAAAUCACUUUGUGGGGACCUAAGGGAGAAAUAAUGAACUAUGCCAUAAAACAAUGGUCUGGUGUGGUCUCUGAUUUCAUUUAUCCCAGAUGGAAAGUAUUCUUAGAUUAUUCUCACGAUAUCCUCGUUACAAAUGGGACCUUCAAUGAUACAUACAUAAAACAGAAAAUGUUUGAAACGGCCGAAGAACCAUUCACUUUCAAAAAAACUAAAACCUACGAAGAAUCUAAAGAAGAAUGUAAUUACUUUUGGACUGAACUGAAACAAAAGAAAUGGUGGAGAAUAUUUGAGACCUAUGGUAGGGAGAAAAGGAAGAGUCGGAAUAAUAUUUACAAAUUGGACUGGAGGGCUAUGCAAGAAUUUUCUGCAGAAUCCUCGUUCGUAGAUGAUGAUAUAGAAGUUAAAAUGAUUAGGAAAUAAUAAAUAUACUGAAACUUA